AUGCUGAUGGUUGUUGCGAUUUUUAUUUUAUCUGAAAUGUCAAUUCCAAGUUUUGCUACUUUAUAUUGGGAUGGAGAAAUCAUUAUGGAUGAUGAAGGCUAUGAAUAUUAUGGGGGUUCAUCAACCGUCAUUACUAUUGGUAAACGUAUGGAUUUUGGUACUUUAGGAAUGAAAAUUGUCCGUGGAAUUAAUCUUAAAGGUGGACAUGAAUUUAUAUCGAAAAUCUUAUUCAGACAACCCAUUGAAAAAAAUGGCUCGUUUAAAUGGGAUUGCAUGGGUUUGGCAAACGAUGACGAUGUGAAUAUUAUGUUUAAUUUCAUUGAUGAAAUUGGAGGUAUGUCAUCGAUUGAAUUAUAUAUUGAAAUUUUUCGACCAUCUGCAAAUGUUGUUGAUGAAGCGGGCCCAUCAAAUAGUUGUUACACUGAAGCACUGAAGUGUACGGAUGAUUUUGAAUCCGCUAGCAAUGAUUAUUGUCCUGAUGAUGAUGAGGAUGAUGCGGAGUCUGAUGAAGAAUGGAUUGAUAGUGAUGACUGGGACAUGAAUGAGGAUGGUGGUCAUCAUAAUGAGUUAGUAGUAGAUUUGCCUUUUUACUAUAAUACUCAUGUUGCAAACCCAAUAAUGCCGCUUGUCCCUCCUCCGCCUUAUAGUGAAAUAGAUUUUUCAUUGCUAACGGUUGAUCCAUGGUCAACACCACAGUGUAGUUCAAUGUGGGAUCCAUUAAAAGAGUUUGAAUUAGGAAUGAUAUUCUCAUCUAGAGAGGAUGUCCAAAAAGCUGCCAAAGAAUAUCAUUUACAUAGGCACCAUGAGUUUUGUAAUGAGGAGACAAAGAGUAGAACAUAUGCCAUCAGGUGCAAAGACACAACGAGCAAUUGUAAGUGGAGAUUGCGUGCCUCACGAGGGAAAGGAAGUGAUAUAUGGAAAAUUACGCGAUAUAAUGGACCACAUACAUGUGUUAAUCCAUCACUGUCACAAGAUCAUAAGCAAUUAGAUAGCAAAUUUAUAUCUGAUUUCAUUCUCGCCAUUGUACGUGAACAACCCAAUGUGAAGAUAGGAGCGUUACAGUCUAAAAUAAAAGAUAAGAUUGGAUAUAUGCCAAGUUAUCGAAAGACCUGGAAGGCUAGGCACGAUGCAAUUAUUAAGAUCUUUGGUGAUUGGGACGAAUCUUACGGAAGGUUGCGAUAA